AGAUUCUUCUUUCAUGACAUAUUUUGUUGUUCAAUUGAAGCUUCUGCCAUCACUAGUGUUCUAUUGAGGUUCUCAUGUUGGAAAUGCUGAAGAUCAACCUAGUCUUUAGGUGUCAAGUAGGACUACUUCGCUAAGAGUGAUCAUAUUCGCUGCAUGACGACGGUCUCACAAAACCGAAAUACAAGAACAUAMGAAAGAAAAAAGUAACAAAACGACCAACAAACGAAAUAUAAAAUAGUAGUGUCCGGAAGAGCAGAAUAACCACUAGAUUUUCAUUUCAUAAGACUGUACCGCAAUGACGACCUUCCAAGUAGCAUCUCGUCGCUUCUUUUUGCCAGCGCUUCGUCGGAGCUCCGUCACUCUCAACACAGGUCGACGUACAAUGAUGGCAUUUGAAGACCACGCUCGUCUAAGGGUACGUUUUUUUUUCGCCUGUUGAUACACGGAAUGGUUUCAACUGCACACUCCCAAAAGUCGAUUGUUCAGCAAAUGAAAGGAUCCUAGUCGGACACUUACAGUUGUAACURACACUCGUUUUCUUCUUUCCACGAAAAAACUUUAUACCCACGCCUAUCGAAAUGUUGGUGCUGCAUGCAUUGAUCCCCCCCCCCCAUCGCGAUAAAAUGCAAAUCUAUGUAUAUACUUUCGAAUGCUGGUACUGCAGGGAAAAUUCGAAGAAGACCGAUACCUGAAACAACAGGAAGAGCAAUGGCGCCAAAACUUACAGGCCCUUCGAGCUCAAGAAGAAAGCAAGCGCGAGAAACGUCAUCAGGAAGAGGUCGUCGAACCAGUCAAAAAACACCUUGAAGAAAUCUUGGCAGCGUCUGGAGACAAGAUUUCUGACGAAGGGCUGGAAAAUCUUGCCAAGUUCCGUCUAAGUCUCUGAGUGUCACUAAUAUAUCUGGUUCCGGAACCGGGAGGAUGUUACAGCGCUGUAGAUUGGUAAUUCAAGCAGCUCGGAACUUACUAUUCCACCAUUCUUAAUCUUAGUAAACCCCGAAGAAUGAUGCAGUCUCUUGUUUUCUUUCCACCAUACUGCGUCACUUAAAAAUGGU